AUGAAUUUCCCUCCUCCACCUCCAAAACUCAACAAUGGUACGCCCCACCAUGCAGAACAACAAGAUCCCAAAGAUUCAAAUCCUCUGCUGUUCGAUCACUAUGAAUCCCAAGAAAAUAUUCUGGCGUUGGAAAUCGAGUCAAAUGACGAAGGGGCGGUGCCACCAUUUUCAUGGAAGAAGCUGUGGGAAUUCCUCGGACCGGGCUUUCUAAUGAGCGUGGCAUUUCUUGAUCCGGGAAACCUGGAGGGUGAUCUGCAGGCAGGGGCAAUUGCGGGCUAUUCUUUACUUUGGUUGCUAAUGUGGGCUACGUUUAUGGGGCUUGUUAUUCAGCUCUUGUCUUUAAGGCUAGGGGUGGCCACGGGGCGGCACAUGGCAGAGAUAUGCAGGGAGGAGUAUCCCUACUGGGCCGGAAUUUUGUUGUGGGUGAUGGCGGAGUUAGCCUUGAUUGGGGCUGAUAUUCAGGAAGUGAUUGGCAGUGCCAUUGCUAUCAAGAUUUUGAGCCAUGGGGUAUUGCCUCUAUGGGCUGGUGUACUAAUCACUGCUUCUGAUUGCUUCAUCUUCUUAUUCCUUGAGAACUAUGGAGUCAGAAAACUAGAAGCCUUUUUUGGAGUUCUUAUUUCUACUAUGGCACUAUCAUUUACCUGGAUGUUUUUUGACACAAAACCCAGUGGAAAAGAACUUAUUAUAGGACUUCUAAUUCCCAAACUUAGCUCCAAGACAAUACAGAAGGCAGUUGGAGUUGUAGGCUGUGUCAUAACUCCUCAUAAUGUCUUCUUAUAUUCUGCUCUAGUUCAAUCAAGAAAGAUUGAUCCCCACAAUAAAGGGAGAGUUCAAGAAGCUCUCAAUUACUACACAAUUGAGUCCUCGAUUGCUGUUCUCGUUUCAUUCAUUAUCAAUCUAUGUGUCACGGCAGUAUUUGCAAAGGGAUUCUAUGGGACUUCUCAAGCCAGUAGUAUAGGCUUAGUAAAUGCAGGCGAUUAUCUUAAACAGAGGUAUGGUGGAGGAUUAUUUCCAAUUCUUUAUAUAUGGGGCAUUGGUCUUCUAGCAGCUGGGCAAAGUAGUACCAUGACUGGUACUUAUGCAGGGCAGUUUAUUAUGGGUGGUUUCCUUAACCUUCACUUGAAGAAAUGGCUAAGAUCAGUGAUUACCAGAAGUUGUGCCAUUGUGCCAACAAUAGUUAUAGCUAUUAUUUUCAAUAGAUCUGAAGACUCGCUUGAUGUUCUGAAUGAAUGGCUUAACGUGCUCCAGGGUAUGCAAAUUCCAUUUGCAAUUAUCCCUCUCCUAACGUUAGUGUCAAACGAGAAGAUUAUGGGAGGCUUUAAAAUUGGAACUACUUCAAAGAGAAUAGUGUGGAGUAUAGCAGCAAUGGUAAUCCUGAUCAAUGGAUAUGUACUGCUACACUUCUUCAUUUCUGAAGUCAAUAGCUUGCUGUUUGGGAUUGUGAUCUGCCUUGUAGCAUCUGCAUAUGUUGCAUUUCUCAUGUAUCUCAUUUCAUGCGGUGGUGGCUCUCUCUCCUCCUCGUGGUUCAGUCGAAUGCGCUCUGAUGGAUUUGCUCACCUUAGAACUUGA